GCAAAAAAAAAGUGAGGAGUGGUGGCGGGCUUCAACAACGCAGUUCGCGACUCCGUCGUUUGGGCAUGGCGUUCGUUUUGCUGUAACUGGCUAGGCCAAGUGUAAAUACGGUAGAUGUAGCUCAGUGUCUUAAAAUGGCAAGGGAAAACAGACAGUACCGAAAACGUUCGCGGUCAAACAGCAGUGAUUCUGAUCAUGAUAAAAAGACCAGAAAACGCUCACGUUCUCGAAGUAAAGGGCGUUCUAGAAGCCGUGAAAGAGAAAGAAAGCGCUCUCGAAGUAGAGAAAGAAAUCGUGAUAGAGCUAGAGAACGUGAUAGAUCUAGGGAACGUAAUAGAUCUAGAGAACGUAAUAGAUCGAGGGAGCGUGAUAGAUCUAGAAGAUCACACUCACGUGAGAGGCAAAGAAGGAGACGUUCGAGGAGUAGAGAAAGAGUUAGAAGAAGGCGAUCACGAUCACGAAGCAAAGACCGAUAUCAAAGGGGUCGGAGUUACGAAAGAAGUGAUAGAAGACAGCGGUCAAGAUCCCCUCGACGUGAACGACGUUCAAGGAGCCGCAAUCGUGAUCAUGAGAGGAGAUCACCAUCUCCAAGUAAGGACAGGAGUCGCAGUCGCAAGUCUCGUUCAAAGAGCAAAGAGAAAUCACAAGAGAAAGAGAAGAUUGUUAAUAGAAAGGAGGAUGUAGUGAAAGAGGAGCCAUCUAUUGUAAAAGAAGAAAAAGAAGAAGAUAAAGGAAUGAUGUUGAGUGAAGGAAACAAGGAAGGAGACGAGAAGGAAGAAGAGAAGGUAAUGGAAAAAAAGAAAGAAGAAAAAGACAAUGAUGAUGAUGAUAAUGAUGAUGGUGAUAUUGAUCCAUUAGAUGCAUUUAUGCAGGGAGUGCAGGAUGAAGUGAGGAAGAUUAAUAAUUCUGAUCGAAAUAAGAAAGGUCUGCCGGACAUGGAGGAGAUACAGGAAAAUGUGCCACUUGGCAAAGUUAGCAUUGUAACAGGAGUUGCCAAAAAGAUACAGUCACAACCGGUUAAAAUACUCAACAAGGGAGAACUUAUGAUAAAUGAUCAAGACGCUAUGGAAUACUCUUCAGAAGAAGAAGAAACCAGUUUAGCAGACACAAUGAAGAAUGCAUUGGAACUUAAAAAAAAGAAAGAACUAGCUGCAGUUGACCAUAGCACAAUUACAUACCAACCAUUCCGCAAGAACUUCUACAUUGAAGUACCUCAGUUGGCAAAGAUGACUGUGGAAGAAGUUGAAGAGAUGCGUGCAGAUUUGGAAUCCAUUAAAAUCCGUGGAAAAAACGUACCAAAGCCAAUUAAAGAGUGGGUGCAGUGUGGCGUUUCAAAAAAAAUACUUGAUGUUCUGAAAAAGAAUAAGUAUGAGAAGCCAACACCAAUCCAAGCACAAGCCAUUCCAUGCAUUAUGUCUGGAAGGGAUUUGAUUGGAAUCGCUAAGACUGGUAGCGGAAAGACCAUGGCAUUCUUGAUUCCUAUGAUGCGGCACAUCCUUGAUCAAGAUCCACUGGAAGCCGAUGAUGGCCCUAUUUCAAUGAUUUUGACGCCGACACGCGAGCUUGCAAUGCAGAUUUACAAAGAAUGCAAGAAGUUCACACGGUCUCAUGGCUUAAAAGUGGUUUGCGUGUAUGGCGGCACAGGCAUUAGUGAGCAGAUUGCUGAACUGAAACGUGGCGCUGAGAUUAUUGUGUGUACCCCUGGAAGAAUGAUUGAUAUGUUGGCAGCCAACAAUGGUCGAGUUACAAAUCUAAGAAGAUGUACCUACCUUGUCCUCGAUGAAGCUGAUAGGAUGUUUGAUAUGGGCUUUGAACCGCAGGUGAUGAAAAUAGUUGACAACAUUCGUCCAGAUCGCCAGACUGUCCUCUUCUCAGCUACAUUUCCUCGUCAGAUGGAGGCGCUAGCCAGAAGAAUAUUAACUAAGCCAGUUGAAGUACAGGUUGGAGGACGGAGUAUUGUUUGCUCAGAUGUAGAGCAACAUUUGAUUAUUCUGGAGGAAGAAGAACAGAAGUUUUUGAAGCUGCUGGAACUUCUAGGCAUCUACCAAGAGAAAGGCAGUGUCCUGGUGUUUGUAGAAAGACAGGAAUCUGCAGACAGGCUGCUGAAGGAUCUCAUGAAAUCUUCAUACUCAUGUGUCUCUCUUCAUGGUGGUAUUGACCAGUAUGAUCGCGACUCAAUUAUUGAGGAUUUUAAAGCAGCUAAUGUGAGGCUAAUGGUUGCCACAUCAGUGGCUGCUCGAGGUCUAGAUGUAAAGCAUUUGAUCCUAGUGGUUAACUAUGACUGCCCAAACCACUAUGAAGAUUAUGUACACAGAUGCGGGAGGACAGGUCGAGCUGGUAGGAAGGGUUAUGCUUACACCUUCAUAUCCCCAGACCAAGCAAAGUUUGCAGGUGAUGUUAUCAAAGCAUUUGAAGUCAGUGGCCAGAAGGUUCCAAAUGAACUCAAUGAAAUUUGGAAACAAUAUGUUGAAGAUCAGAAAGCAAGUGGUAAGCAAAUUCAAAAGAAUAGUGGAUUCAGUGGUAAAGGCUUUAAGUUCGAUGAAACAGAAAGAGAACUUGCAAACGAAAAGAAAAAACUACAGAAGGCGUCGUAUGGCUUACAAGAUUCAGAUGAAGAAGAGUUGGGACUGGAUAUUGAUGAGAAAAUUGAGACAAUGUUUGCAGCCAAGAAACGAGUGAAGGACAUUUCAGCCGCAGAAGCCGCUAUUGGUAUUUCAAAGACUGUCACACAAGAUCCAUCAGGUCCUGUAAGCAAUGUUAACCUUGAAAAGGCCAAGCGAUUGGCUGAGAGGAUUAAUCGUAACUUAGAGGGCGAUAGACACAAUGUAAUGCAACAGGCAACUCAAGCGGUUAUGGACGGCAGGACUAUUGCACCUCCUACAGUCUCGGCUAAGUUGAUUGCAGAACAGUUAGCAGGAAAAUUGAAUGCCAAGCUGAAUUAUACCCCAAAGGUUGAGGAGGAGGUUGUAGAAGAACAAAAAGAAACAUGCAAAAAAUAUGAAGAGGAAUUACAGAUCAAUGAUUUCCCACAGACCGCAAGGUGGAAGGUCACAUCGAAAGAAAAUCUUGCGCAAAUUCAGGACUACAGUGAUGCAGGAAUUACAAUUCGAGGAACAUUUUUUCCACCAGGAAAAGAACCAAAAGAUGGUGAAAGGAAGCUUUACCUUGCUAUUGAAAGUGUAUCUGAGUUGGCUGUACAAAAAGCAAAAGCAGAAAUUAUUCGGCUUAUUAAGGACGAGCUUAUUCGUUUGCAAAAUUCUUAUCAACCGACAAACAAAGGUCGUUACAAAGUGCUUUAAGUUCUACAUUACCAAAUCAGUUUCAUCUUGUCACAAACACCUCCAACCAUCUUCAAGAAAUGGUGUCAUUUAGUUGUGUUCAGGUGUAUACGGUACUGUACCUACUGUACUGUAUAAUAUUUUUGGUAUAACAUAAUUAUUCAUAUAAAACCCAAGACCCUGUAAUUUUUAAUUUGUUGCUGUACUACUUGAGACAAAAUUAUACUUGAAUGCAAUCAAUAAAUGAUUUCUUAAUGUAUUAUGUAGUGGGCAAAUAGUAAAUGAUGGAAUAAAUCUUUAUCAAGUUCAUAUUUACCUAAAUUAUGUUGAAUGUCAUUUUGACCAACAGUGGAGCCCAUUAUGAUGUGAACUAUGACCCCUUAAUAGUGUAAUGUUGCUGAGUGAGGCUAAGUUGGUAUCCAGACUUAAAUUCUAAUACCUGUAUAGCAGUAGUAGUAUUUUUCGUAAUUGUCAAUAUCUUAUAGAUGUUUAAUUGGUGAUAUUGGAUACCAAAAGAGGUGAAAAGAAAGUGCUUGCUCUGAAGACUUUAUAUUUGGUACACUCAUGAUAAAUUACAUAGCAAUCACUAUAAGAAUGACCCCAGAAAAGGACCAGGUGGAGAGAUAGCAUAGAUUAAAGCUACACAAAUGGUGUAACAUACAGCUAGAAGUCAUCACCUAUGCCAAAACCAUACAUGUUCUUUAUUAUAGAUGCACUCUGGCUGGGUAUAUAGUCACUUAAAAUAAUUUGUGUUCUAAUUUUUUUUUUAAAUCCUCAAACAUUUGCUUACAAAUUUUUAAUGGCUCACAUUUAAAGAUCCAGCAAGUUAUCAACUUCCUUAUAGAAACCUUAGUGUGCACUUACAACAAAUUCUUAUUGUGUACUAAUUUGUGGCUAUGCAAAAAAGUAGGAAUAAAGAAUAUAUUUUCCCAUUCAAAUUUUCAUUUGAUUAAUAAAUAAAUUUAAUUACAU